UGCUGCCCUGAGAGCGGCUGGCCUGGCCCCGACAACCAUCGUGUUAUACGUGGGCCAGGCCAUCUCCUUUUUGGAAUAUUUCCGGGACACCCCAGCUAAAUACUCCCGGGUGACCAACGGCCAGCUGGUCAUGGUCACCCGGGAGUUAAGGAAGCUAUUGAAGGACUUGAACCGGAACGUCCUUGGCCACCAGUCCCUGGUGAAACAGGGCAAACUAUUGAGACUGGUGGCCAAGGAGGACCUGGCCAAGUGCCAGGUGAUGGCCAAAGAAAAGAUCCCCUCUCUCCUCGCGGACAUGAAAGCGGCGCCCCCCAGGGACCCAAAGACCCGGUACCGGUUCUUUGGGUACCUGGUGGCCUACCUUUCCUCAAUCUACGGGCACAGGUCGGGGGUGCUGACCCGGAUGAGGGUCAGGGAGGUGCAGGACGCGAUCGGGGACGAGGACAAGGGCUACCUCAUUAAUGUCAUGGAGCACAAGACGGUGCGUAAAUUUGGGGUGGCCCAGGUGUACCUCGAGGCCGGCGAGUACGCCUGGUGCCGGGAGUGGCUCCGCCUGCGGCUGCGCUCCGUGCCACAAAACAAGUUUUUUUUUACGUCCUUCGGCAAGGGGGAGCCGAAGGACCUGAUUAAAUAUUUUCGACGAGCUUGGGGGGAGAUGGGCCUCCCCGGCUCCCCGAGUCUAAUGGACAUCAGGUCGGCCGUGGCCACAUACAACUUUGAGACCAACGACGCCGAGGUACGCAGGAGCCUAGGGGACUUCAUGUGCCACGACAUCAGGACCCAGGAGCGCUUCUACGCGCUCCAUAAGAACCUUUCAAGGGCGAAGCAGAUGAGGGACCUCUUCGUCCGCCUUGCGCAGCGAGAGCCCUCAUCUGCUUCCUCCUCCUCCGAUCCUGCUGCAGGCUCCUCCUCCUCCUCCGCUCCUGCUGCAGGCUCCUCCUCCUCCGCUCCUCACGCAGGCUGCUCCUCCUCCUCCUCUGCUCCUGCUGCAGGCUGCUCCUCCUCCUCCUCUGCUCCUGCUGCAGGCUCCUCCUCCUCCCCCGCUGCUCCUGGCUCCGUGAGGAGGAGGCUUCGGCCAUCUGCCACGCAGAGGAUGGCCCAGAGGGUGAAGGAGAAAAGGGGGAUUUCUCCAAAAAAGAGUUGCCGCGUGUUCAUCAAGAGACUGUGAACCCUUCCUGACCCCAGUUCACUUGCCUGUUCACUUGUAUAUACUGUAGUAGUUCAUUUGUUCAUCUUGUUUCAUGUUC